AUGGCGGUGUACGUGGUACUGAUGAUGGUCAUGGCUAUGGUCGUGGCAAAUCUACAGUCAAAGGAGAAGGAACUUCGUUCGAUGCUGAACUCGAACGGUUUGCUGCCCUUUUCCCUGAACGUGCUGAAGCUCUACGCGGUGCUGGCGGUGCUGUUCCACCUCCGCCGCACGAAGUACCCGCCUCUUCAGACAACGACCUGGAUAAGAAGGUGGCGAAGCGUCGCACUGCCCUCGCCAUGGCCGUUGAACGAGAUUCUAAAGCUGAGCGGCUGGCUAUGUGCGAUGUCGAGCAGAAGUUGGCUGCAGUGGUUCGUCACAAAGAGGCUUUGGUCAAGGCUGAAGCUUCCCAUGCUGAGGCGGUCGGUCAGCUCGAGCAAGCCGCAGCUGCCCAUCGUGCCGCAUAUGAAGAGAUGGAUUCUUUUGACCCAGUGGAGUAUCGUAAGCAGAUAUUGGCCGACGAACAGGCUGAGCGAGAAGUGUUCAUUCGUGCCCAACGUGAUGCAGCUGCUGAAGCUGCACGUGCUCAGGCUAAGCAACCUCAACAAGCGGGUGCUGGUGCUCGUGCUGGUCCUGUACAUGGCGCUGCUCCUGCUGGUGGUGGCGACCGUGAGGCACCCGCUGGUCGUGAGCCUGGGCAAGUACCUCCUGUCCCUGCUAAUCUACAGGCGCUACGAGUUCUGGCAGCAGAUCAAGGCCUUCCAAGCUCAGAUUGAUGAUGAUGCUAUGUCUGACGCCCCUAGUGAGGCCACGAAUGACGACGCCAGAGUGGAGCUCGAUACCCUCAAGAAGCGUAGCAUCGACAAUGCACUCACGCCUGAAGAACUGGACAAGAUGGAGAAACUCAUGCAGAAGCAGUCCCAGAUCAAGGCAGCCAAAAG